GAUAGCAGCGCUUGCGGAUGGAGGGACAUGGGCAGAGAUGAAAUUCUGGUUCGAGAGCUGCUGAAAUGGGCGCAGUUGAACACUUGCGCGGACAUGACCAAGGUCUUUGCCACUGGUUUCAGCAACGGAGGGCAGUUUACCAACUACCUGGCGUGCCAUGCCUCUGAGCUUUUUCUCGCCUUCGCGCCCAUCUCGGGCGACAAUCCUCUGGAUUUCUGUGAGCCGAAACGAUCCAUCUCCUACGUCAGCAUGUGCGGCACGGAAGACGACGAGGCUUUCUGCCAGCCAACCUUCAUGAGCUCUGCGGAAAGCUGGAGCUUUCGAAGCAAGUGCCAGAAUGCUGGCUUGCCUAGUGCGACUAAGUUCAACUUCUCAGCAACGACUUCCUGCUUCAUGUGGGAGUCGUGCGAGGCUGGGAACUUCGUGGAGGUGUGCUCCACGAGAGGCCUUGGUCAUGACGCCAGCGGGCACCUUAGGCCCGAUGACACCAGCUACCUCCGGCCUGGCAGUGAUCUUGACAUCGUGGGCUACAUAUUCCAGAAAUUCUCCUUGCUGGUGGACGGCAGUAUCCUUUUCAUGGGCCAUCCUACGCGCGAAGAAUUGGCCUAUAAGGAGUCGGCCUGGCCUCCGCCAGAACACCAUGACCACAUCUACAUCCGCAACG